AUGCAUGGAUAUUUCUUUGACGCGCCUCCCCAGGAGGAGUCUCCAGAUGGUUCGAACCCGAUGGAUUUAUCUCCACAGCUGCCCCUACGAAACUUGGGUGCCGAAGUAGAAAAUAUCGAAAAAUUCUUCUUACUGGGCCUCAUUACUCCAGCACCAGAAAGAAAUGUCUUGAAGGAACUGGAAGUCGACUUCAAGGAACGUGCGAAGACGGGCGACCUGCAGGCUCUUCAGAACUUUAUCGAGCCUCAUUUACAGACCCCAGAUAUCAGGAUUCUCCACAAUAUCGAUUUCAUUCAGAAAGAACUUUCUCAUGCGCCUAAGGAGAUCAAUGACUAUUACGAAUUUCGACAUGACUCAGCCCGGAACUUCAUCAAGCGACUGAGGCGGGUAUGUCGGAGGCUACAGGACUUCUGUGGAAAGACAUUCACAAUGACGAGUUGCGAAAUGGACCGCCUUGAAGCAAUUAUGAGAGCAUGCCAGCAUCCAAACAUUGCUUUCGGGAAUGGCCUCAAUUACUUGAGGUUUAUCGGGACGAAUGAUCAACCAACUGGUCUCAUCUCAGCCCUCCCCGCUCUCAUAGUGGCGUAUAGCUUGAUACAUCAGGUGCCAGGCCAAGUCAAAGAGCUGGAAGAGAAGUUCACUGAAGAUCUUUUUCGAUGGAAAACCUUGAGCGCUCUGAACGAACCAGACCCAUUUGGCUUGUUCGAAGAGGCUGUUUGUGCCGCAUUUGCACUCAAGUCCUUCCCAAAGGCCACUGCCUUUUACGUGCCAGGAAAUGAAAUGGUUCCUCCUGGAGUUGCAAAUAGGUACCCAGGGGACCCCAUCGUAGUUGCGCAAUUGCAAUCCGUGGCUUUCGAUUUCUUCCUUCAAGCAUCCUGCGGUAAGUCUUCCAUGCUAUGCCUCUGUUGA